AUGGCUACAGCAGUUACUACUACAGCAGCUGCUAUUCUUCCUUCAAUCCAAGUGAAGGUCAAUUACAGUGACUGUAAAGAGAUUAUUCGUGAUUUUAUCCAAAAUUUCAAAGACACCACUAGAGACAUUGAUGACUUGGAAAACAAUAAUGAUGAUGAUGAAGAAGUACCUCUUCAUCAGGGGAAAUAUAUGAAUAUUUUGCAAAAAAUAGCUAAUCGAGAAACCACCACCAUCUACAUUGACUUCGACGACUUGAAGAAAUUCUUACAAAAUUUUGAUGCUGAAUCUACUUCAAUUUAUCAAGAACUGAGACACUUGUUUCACACGAUAAUGAUCAAUACUCAUCGAUUUUUGGAAAUUUUUAGUGAUGUAAUUGAUCAAUUAAUGCCUGAACCGACUAGAGAUGUCUCUUAUCAGGAUGAUGUAUUGGAUGUUAUUUUAAGUCAAAGACGAAUUAGAAAUCAACGUGUGGAACAAGAAGCAUUGGAUGAAUUGAACCAAUUGAGAGAUGGAAUUUCUCAACCUACUGAUCAAGAAAAUAUUGCUAAUCCAACAGAACCAAAUUUGUUUCCAGCAAGAUUAACCAGAAGAUAUUGCUUGUAUUUUAAACCAUUGACUACUGAUCAAGAUAAAUCAUUGUCAGUUCGACAAGUUAAAGGUAAGCAUGUGGGGCAUUAUAUUACUUUGAGAGGAAUUGUCACUAGAGUUAGUGAUGUCAAGCCUAACGUGUUGGUGGUUGCAUAUACUUGUGAUAAAUGUGGAUACGAAAUUUUCCAAGAAGUUAAUUCAAGAGUGUUUACACCAUUGACAACAUGUAAUUCCCCCAUUUGCUCAGCAGAUAACGUCAAGGGACAUUUGUUUAUGUCGACACGUGCUUCCAAGUUUUCUAGUUUCCAAGAAGUUAAAAUUCAAGAAAUGUCAAAUCAAGUACCAGUUGGUCACAUCCCUAGAACAAUGUCAAUUCAUGUCAAUGGUGAUUUGGUGAGAUCAAUGAAUCCUGGUGACACGGUUGAUGUUUCGGGUAUAUUUAUGCCAUUGCCAUACACUGGGUUUAGAGCAUUAAAAGCAGGAUUGUUGACGGAAACCUAUCUUGAAGGACAAUAUGUUAGACAACACAAGAAGCAAUAUGAGUUGAUGCAUUUGACUGAUUCAACUGAUGCGAGAUUGAUGCAAUUGAGAUAUGGAUCAGCAAAUGUAUACGACAGAUUAGCCAAAUCAAUUGCUCCUGAAAUUUAUGGUCAUUUGGAUAUUAAAAAGAUCUUGUUGCUUUUAUUAUGCGGUGGUGUAACCAAGGAAAUUGGUGAUGGGUUGAAAAUUAGAGGUGAUAUCAAUGUAUGUCUUAUGGGAGACCCUGGUGUUGCCAAGUCACAAUUGUUGAAAGCUAUCAACAAGAUCGCGCCAAGAUCAGUGUACACCACUGGUAGGGGUUCAUCAGGAGUUGGUUUAACUGCUGCUGUUUUGAGAGAUCCAGUUACCGAUGAGAUGAUUUUGGAAGGAGGUGCGCUUGUGUUGGCCGAUAAUGGUAUUUGUUGUAUUGAUGAGUUUGACAAAAUGGAUGAAACUGAUCGUACGGCAAUUCAUGAAGUUAUGGAACAACAAACCAUUUCCAUUUCUAAAGCAGGUAUAACAACAACGUUGAAUGCAAGGACCUCAAUCUUAGCAGCAGCAAAUCCAUUAUAUGGAAGGUACAAUACCAAAUUAUCACCACAUGAAAAUAUCAAUUUACCAGCAGCACUUUUAUCAAGAUUUGACAUCAUGUUUUUAAUCUUGGAUCAACCAAAUAGGGAAAAUGAUGAGAUGUUGGCACGUCAUGUUACUUAUGUUCAUAUGCAUAAUAAGCAACCAGAUAUUGUUGAGGAUGUCGCAGUGGGCAAUACCAAUGUCGAGGAGGAAUUAACACCAAUUGAUUCCAAAACAAUUCGAGAAUACAUUUCUAAAGCCAAAACUUAUCGUCCUGUUGUGCCCAAGGAGGUUGGUGAUUAUGUGGUACAAUCAUACAUCACCAUGAGAAAAGAAUCAUACCGUAAUGAAGGAUCAAUCAAGAAAUUUAGUCACAUAACACCAAGAACAUUAUUGGGUAUAUUACGUUUAUCACAAGCAUUGGCAAGGUUGAGAUUUGAAGAAACUGUCACCAUGGAAGAUGUUGAUGAAGCAUUGAGAUUGAUUGAAGUAAGCAAGAGUUCAUUGUAUGCUGAUGAUGAAGCAGCCAAUGCAUUAUCAAGAGAAGAUGAAUCCACCACGUCCAAGAUUUUCCAAAUUAUUCGAUCAAUGGCGAUUGAUGAUCGUGAUGGACUGUUGAAGCGUAAUUUGUCAAUGCAAGAUAUUAAAGAUAGAGUAAUUGGAAAGGGUUUCACUAUACAACAAUUGGAAGACUGUAUGUUUGAGUAUGAUGGUGUUGGGUUAUGGCAAGUUAUUGAUAAUGGAGAAACAUUGAUGUUUACUAAUGCCGCUGGUGAUGAGGAACGAGAAGAAGGGGAAGGUGAUGUUGAUGAUGAAAUGAGAGAUUAG